AUGACAAUGUUUGGAUAUUUUAUCCUCCUCUCUUUCCUCUUCUUUCACUUGCCUCUCUGCCACAGCCUCACGCUAUUACCAGAGUUUGAUGAAGAUGACAUUAAGUGCCUCAACCAGACCAAAGCAGAAUUGACUGAUCCAAAUCAGUCUCUUUUCACAUGGCGGUUUGGGAACAACAGCCAAGGCUUUAUCUGCAACUUUGUGGGAAUUCAGUGCUGGCAUAACGAUGACGGCAAAGUGCAAAUUGUUAACCUUCCUGGAAUGGAGCUUUCGGGAUAUUUCCCCAACGGCUUGAAGUACUGUGGGAGUAUGACUAACUUGGAUCUCUCAAGCAACAAUCUUUCAGGUACAAUCCCAAAGGAUCUCUGCAAAUGGCUUCCCUUUCUUGUGCAAAUUGAUCUUUCGUCAAACCACUUUACUGGGUCGAUUCCUCCCGAGCUCGCUAAUUGUACUUAUCUGAAUGUCCUUCGCUUGAACGACAACCAACUUAAUGGCUCGAUACCAUGGGAAUUGACGCGGCUGGAGCGGCUCAACGACUUCAAUUUCAGAAAUAAUAAGCUUACAGGGCCAAUACCUGCUAAGUGGUCUGCUAAUAGCUCCGACCUCUUUGAGGGUAACGCUGGAUUAUGUUCGAAACCCUUGAGCAGGGAAUGUGGAGGACCAAAUUCAGUGAAUCCGGUGGUUGUUGCUGCGUUUGUGCUUUACGGCAUAGUGAUUGUUAUCUGGAGCGUUCUCUGCAUUCGCGGCUGGAUCUCAAGACAAGCAUCUCGAGGGACACCACUGCCACCAUUUAGGCAGCCCCUUGAUCACGUAAAAAUUCGGAGAUCCAAAAAAGUUUGUUUGUUCGAGAAGCCAAUAAAGAAAAUGAGAGUGGGUGACCUUGCGGAUGCCACGCAUAAUUUCAGCGAAGACAACAUCAUAUGGAGUGACAGCACAGGGGUGUUCUACAAAGCUGAGCUGCCCGACGGUUCUCUGCUGACAGUAAAGAGGCUGAGGACCUCCGAGCAGAGUGAAAAGGAGUUCAAGUGGGAGAUGAAGACAUUGGGGCAUCUCAGGCACCGAAAUCUGCUCCCACUUUUGGGUUACUGCAUCGCCGACGCCCAAGAACGGCUGCUUGUCUACAAAUACACGGCCAGAGGAACCCUACUCAAUUGCUUCCACGGCCUUUACAGAGACCGGAAUGAGUUGGACUGGCCCACCAAACUUAAGAUCUGUAUAGGAAUUUCAAGAGGACUGGCAUGGCUUCAUCACAUCUGCAAUCCUCAUAUCAUCCACCGCAACAUAUGUUCAGGAGUUAUUUAUGUGGAUGAUGAUUAUGAGCCCCGUAUCAGUGGGUUCGGAUUAGCGAGAUUCUCCAGCGAUGAAGGCGAGACUUCAUUUUUUUCGCAGCAGGAUUUGGUGAACGAUUUCCAAUACGAUGCACCGGAACAGGGUAGGAAUAUUCCGUGUUUGCCCACAUUGAAUGGGGACGUGUACAGUUUUGGAGUAGUUGUGCUCGAAAUUAUAACGGGGCUAAAGCCUGAUGAUGUGCUCAUGGAAAAGCAAAGUGGGAUGGAAUUAACGUUGAUCGAGUGGAUACGUGGCAACAGCAAGCGCGCAGAGCGAGUAGUGGAGAAAUAUAUAGAAGAGAACGGUGUAUUUUCAGAAGAAGAGAAAUCAAUGGUGGAGGAGUUGAUGGAGAUGGGUUUUAGGUGUGUAAGAUAUAAAGCAGAAGAGAGGCCUUCAAUGUAUCAAGCAUACCAAUCUUUGACGAAGACUGGUGAGAAAUAUGGAAUUUGGGAUAACGAGGUGGAAAAACCCCAUUCAGUGCGCAGCUCCAUGGAGAUAUCAACAGUAUUCAACCAAGGAAGGGAAAAAGCAAGGUACAUUGAAUGGCGCAGAUUCAUUCCAAACUUUUCCGAAUAA